AUGGUCGUCGUGAGACGAAGAGGGCACAGAAAAGUCCCGUCCUCUCGAAUCGGAAAAAACAGAAUAUACGAAGCAAACGAUUGUGAGAGCCGAAAAAUAAGCUCCAGAUGAUGUAAAUGUUUGAUGAUUUCCUUCUAGUGAUUCCAUUUAUGAUAUCAGUCUUCUAGACGUUUUUAUGUACAAACUACUGAACUCAACUUCAUGGGGUCAAAAAAGUGCUAAACUUUUUUGAAACAAAAUUUCUCAAUUUUCAACUAUAUCCACAAAUUUUCACAGGUUUCAUCUUACAAUGGUCCUCACAAAAAUUAGCAGACGAAUAAAUAAACGUGACAAACUUAGAAAUGGAUUAAUGACGGAAGAAUUACUUUCACUUAAUGAUUUAGAAACCUUGGAAAAACAAAACACGAAGCGCGUGAAGAUCAUUCAGCAUUUCAAAAAAAGCCGACUGUACCAACAAGUUUGUUUCAUUUUAUUCGUUUCAAAACAAUUUGUUGCAUGAAAUCGAUCUAAUAAAAAACCCCUCAGAAUAAUAUUCAUAAAGCCUCAACUAAUUUUUCCGAGAUUUUCUCGCGACGUCUCUUAAAUCUUAACAGGAGCCUUGUAGAUUUUAAAAAGCUUUUUUUCUAUCUUUCUUCUUCUUUGAUCCUUAUUCCCAAAUCCUUUUUUUACAGGUACAGUCUGCAAGCAACCCGUUCACCAAGAACGCAGCGAACUGAGCCAGGCUCACCAAAGCGAAGGUUUUUCUUUUGAUAAUAUCAUGUUCAAUUAAAAAACUUCUUCGAACCUAGACGGAAUUUUUUCAGUCCGUUCAGAUUUUGAAUGUCAAGUCUAUGACGUCCUUCGAAAACGCUCUGUGGAUGGCUCGCUCUCUGAUUGGUUUAUCGCACCAUUAGGGGCGGAGCUUGACGACUUGACAUUUGAAGCGACGACUUGACAUUUGAAAUCUGAACAGACUAUAUCAUGAUGGUUAACCAUAAAGUUUAGAAAACAUAAAUAUCAUCUAUACUCAGAAGCAGUAUGUAGGCCUGAAACUCGCUAGGAGUUCAUUCAUUGAGACUUCAUCUGACGAUAUAAGGUUUUAUAAGAAGAUUAGGAUAGGAGAAAGAAUUUUAGUUCAAAAAGACUGAAUUUUCUUCAGAUCUAUUUUUAACAAAAAUGAUUUUUUCAGUCCGUAUGGACGAAACAACACGCGACGAAAGUCGCCAUCAAGACCAAGGAAGGCAAAGGCCUCCACAAGCAGAUGACGCCCAUGACCCGGUUAGUUUUCGAUUCGAUUGCAAUAUUUCAGGGUUCAGAAAGGCUUUCAGCCAUAUGAAGACAAUGUUUCAAUGAAAAAAGGCAGAAAUAUCGAUAUAAGUCUUUAAAAUAUAGGCGUUUACUCAAAACAAUCCUUUGCAAAAAGUUCAAAUGAUUGAAAAAUCCGUUCGUUGCUAUAAAAAUAAUUUGAAAAGUAGACAUUCCAGAAAUAUUAAUUCAAAAUGAAACGUGUAGCAUCGUUUUAUCAUCUUUGGGAUGAAAACGUGUCCCCAGGUCAUUUUCAAAUAGAUGAUUCAAUUUUUAAUAUCUCGUGUCUCUUUUCGAUUAUCUCGAAUUUGAUAUAUUUGAACCUUGCCGUUUUGACUGAACUUUGGGACUUUUUUUCAAUGAAUCUAUAUCUUUCACAAAGGUCUUUGAAAGAACCCAGUUUAUGUAUUGUCUUGAAUUUUGCAUAUUCUUUCAAUUGUUAUUCCUUGACCGAUUUGUAGUCCUGGUCAGUACAGAUGUCUUUUUUGGUAAAUAAAUCCGAAAACGUUGAAGUUACUGAAAAAUCUCUAAACUUCUCUAGAUGCUAUGAAAAGAAAGAGUUAAUAAAACUAGAGGGCCUACUUUCUCAGAAACCUCAAAAAGUUGAGGCACGCCCUUAUCCUUCGAAAAUUAUCAAAUUCAAAAAUUCCACUGCAAAAAAGAAAACUGAUUUGUUUUUACAGCCGCCUCCAACCCACUCAGUGCGCCUUGCGCCGCACCAGGUCGAAAACGUUAGUUUUUUCGACUCGGCUUCAAUAUUUCUGCAAGGAACUUACUCGGAGCAGUUCCAGAAUUUUUUAAGGAGAAAAAGGGGAAUUUCGAUUCUCACGAAGGAGGGCUAGUCUAACGACUUAGUGAUUGAAAAUGCAGGGUGUAGAGAUAUUUUGAGAAUUUUCAAAACUUCUGGGAAUCCUAUACAGGGAUAAGUCCAGUGAUCAACAAGAAAGAUCAUCACAUUUAUAUUGUUGACUUGUCAUUUACUUCUGAAAGAUCAAUUAUGACUGAAAAAUAUUGACGGAUAUUGAUUGAUUUCGCUGACUUGGCUACAUUACAGCUGGCCUCGUUCCUCGAAUGGAAUCAGCUUUUGAGGGGCCAUGGAACGACGGCCUACGAGGUUGCGAUCCGCAGGGAUCGUCGGGGAGGAGCUGUAAGUUCUUCGAACCGUCCGUCUUUUUUUUCAAAUCGAAAUCCUUUCUCAACCAUCCCUGGUCAAAAUCUUCAAAAAAGCAGUCUUUUUCUAGUUCUUUGUCUUCAUAAAACCCUUCAAUGGUCAAACGAUCUUAAAUUAAAUCAAAUGAGAGGUAGUGAAAUUUGAUUCACGAGAUCAACUUUAGCCCAAAAACUUGUGCAAUUCUCCACUGUUUUCAAAAUGGAACUAUUUGAAAAACACCCGGAAAAGAGACAGAUUUAGUAUCGAUUGGUGUCUUAUAGAGCCACGAAGGAGCGAAAUGAGCUUGAAAAAAUUCGUUCCGAACCUAGUAUGAAAAAAGAAUGUCAAUGAAUACAGUGGUUAUUUCAAAAACUGACAAUCUUCAAGAGUUUUGAAACCUUCACACCUAAUAGGACGGAGAAGGAUUUUGUCAAAAAAAAAAGGAAAAUUCUAUUUUACAGCGCCUGGAGCUGACGUUGUUGGACGCCGCUACGACCCCACAGGUUUUCUUUUUAUUUCAGACUCAAUUCAAACUGAAAUAUUCAAUUUAUAACUAUCCCUAAGACCACUGGAAAUCCAAUAAGAACGUAUCAAAAUUAAAUUGUAAUAUGAAUAAAAUGGUUUAUUUCGAAAAUUUCGAAAUAGUUCUUAGUUCGAAAAGAUCGCAUUCUGAAUUCCUGGAGAACAAAAAAUAAGUUUCGAUCAUUUUCCAAGGCUCCAGGUUUCCAAAAAUUUUGAUCUUUUCGAAAAACUGAUGAGACAGACAGAAAUCAGCGUUUUUCUUCUCUGUAGGACCGAAAAGAAUUUGAGAAGAUCCGUUUGAAUCUUUUUUCAUUUGGAACACGGUCUGCGUCCAUUUUCCCAACAUGAAAACAGACUUAUGUUGGAUCUACUGUUUUCGAUUUGAUCGAUCCAUGUCUCAAAUGAAUCGAAUAAGUCAGACAAGAAAUAUUUCCAAAAGAAAAUCCAGAUUUUAAAAGUUAUGAAUAAGAUUGAGGCACAAGAAGCAUGUCGAUUAUAUCUUUGUGAUUCUGUUUUUACAGAUGGAAGAUCAUGGAGAGGGAACCGCAAGGUCCCGGGAUGAACCAGAAGGAUAUGGGAUCGGAGCACCGACCAACACGGUUAGUUUACUGGCCAUCUUUCAAUAUUAUUAAAAUAUUUAUUAACAAGUUCAAUAUUUAUUAACAAGUUCAUAAUACUCCUGUUCACGGGGCUUUUGCAUGGGAAAAGAGAAAAAGAAACCCUCAGAAAAAAAUAAAAAAACUGAGAAACUUGUGAAUCUGUUCCUUCUCCAAAAGAAACUCGAUGUUCUGACUUUUUUUCUAUACUUCUGUAAGAUUCUCAAAAAAAUGAAGUCAGUAGAGCAAGAAACAUUGUGAACAUUUGAACUUCGAACUAAAAAUCAAAAACAUCGUCUUUAUUUCUUUUCGAGUGACUUUUUAUAUUCGGAAUAAAAUAAUAGAAUCCGAAACAGCUAAACCUCCGCCAAGUGGUCAGAAUUCAAAGUAAAGAUUUUUCAAACGUCGAAAUUUAUUCGCUACAUCAGUUUCGACGUUUCCGUUGACAGAAUGCGAGACUUGAAUGUUUUGCUCAAACGAAUCUAGUUCUAUUUCGAAAAGAUCAAACAGCGAUAUAUUUCUCGCUAUCGACUUGGCUGAUAACCUUUUUCCUGAUGGUGAAAGUGAACUUGAAGAGAAUUAUCAACGUUCUAAUUCCGUCGACAAAUAUCGGAAAAGAUUUCCAUGUCUUUACUGAAAAUUUUGAUUAAGGUCGACAGUGCAGAGGCCGUCACAGGCGAAGACUCGGACUCCAACGAGGUUGGAGAAACGGAUGGAGAAAGAGGAGAAGAAAUUGAGGAAGUAAAAGAGGAAGGCGGAGAAGGAGAAGGAGAAGAAGGAGCUGAGCCCCCCCAGGUCCGUUUUUUCAGAACAGCUAACUAGGCAACUCGAAAAUGAAAGCUGUUGAUGUAGUGAAAUCUUUCUUAACUUUGCUCGAACAGUAUUAAGUUUUCCGAUCCCAAUAGUUUUUUUUAGACAAGUUCUUUCUAAAAAGAACAAUGCAAAAUAGACUUCUUCUACCGUCUCUUAUUUUUCAGUGGAAAACUCAUUAAAUACACGAAAUUCUUCUAUUCUUUAUUAUACAAUUUUGGUACCAUUCGCAAAAAAAAUGAGAAAUUUGACUUGAUUUAACAGUAUAGGACCGAUAUAGGUUGAGUAGGACCAGAAAGGCUGUUUUCAAGAUGAUUCGGCUGUCAAGACUUUUUUAAUAGAAGGAGGGCUGUUCAUUUUUCAUUUCUACAUGUAGAAAAAAUUAGAAAGCUACGAGAUACGAGCGCUAGAAAUAGGCACAAUGUAGCGCUGAGGAAAAUUAAGUUUUCUGUCCAGAUUUCCAACAAAACAGAAGAAAAAGUAAAAUUUACAGCCGUCCACGAGGGCAAGUUUCGGCAUUACGGCGCGCAAAAGGAGAAUGGGAGAGAGCCGCUCCGCGCAGCCGCCGAAAGUAAGUUUAGGAAAAAAAAUAGACACGUAAAAAACAUAACAAAGCUUCUCAUGAUCUUUGUAACCGUCUUGACCAGAAAUUAACCUGAGCGUUAGAAGCAAAAUUUUAGAUGGACUUAAUUUUUCAAAGCGUUUCGAAAAUGCUCAAGAUGUGCAAGAAAAAGUGUGGAGAGAAAAUUUUUUCUUAAUCCGAAAUGCACAUGAAUAAGUGAAGUUAUCGCAGAUGUUACUUAUUAUUUCAAGAUAAAAAUGUUUGCCAAAAAAUAAAAUAAUGAACAAAAUUCAGCGCGCCCUCCACGGACCCGGGGGCUCAGCUGAGAAACGGAAAGGAGAAGGUUCAGAAGGCCCAGAGAGGAAAAACCGUCGUCCUGAGGCUGUCGAUGUUGGUUUUCAUUCUUUUAAAGAAUUAAAUCGAAUCGAAAAAGUGAAUUAUUCUUCCUACGCCUUGGGUAUGGCUUGUAGUCGUGGUUCAUCCAUCCUGUUGAGCCAAACCUAAAAUUGUUUUCAACCUUAGUCUUUUUCGGUAAAUGGUUAUCAUAAAGGGGAAAUAGAAACAGAAAAGUCCGAAAACCAAGAAACCUCUGUAACAAUAAAUCUAAAAUUGGUUAUGGUCUCGGAAAUCCUAUUAGUUGAUCCCAGUAUUCAUCCAACUAAAGUAAAUAUGAGACGAAUUUCGCGUCGUUUCGAGUUUUGAGGCUUCCGAAAACGAGAGACCUCUGGGUUAUUUGAGCGGCAAACGAAAAUUUUGAAUUUGGAUUGAAAAAGUUUGAAAAACGAUCGGAGAAUGAGGCAAAACUGGGCCAAUCCUGCGCAUAUUGGAAUUCGUUUCUGAACAAUUUGUUUCAAACUAUUGAAGAAUAAAACGAAAUGGAUUCAGCGCCAGUCACCGGACUCCAGGCAAGAUCAAGAAGAGGAAGAAGAGACGACGUCCUCCGGCUCUUCAUCAUCGGUAAUUUCCAACUCUCUGCUUAAUUAAUCACAUAAUCAUUUCACUUGGCUUUGAAGUUCAAGCUGUUUCUUUCGAUCCCUAGAAAAGGAUCCUCUAGAUUUUUUCGGUCCUCUUUUCAAGCAUUUUUAUCAUAACCAAUCCCCAGAACUUAUACAACUUUGAAAUCUCAGUAUCCUUAAUAUAUCAACCUGUUUGAUGCGAAGUGAAGAAGGUUGAUAAACUUCAAAAUUUCGAGGCCUUAGAAAUCGAAUUUUAUGAUAUCUGAGUUUCUGUAUGAGGAAUUUAAUCAAAUCGAAUAAUUCUGUAGAUCUCAAGUUUGUCCAAUUCUUUUCGUUCUUCAAUAAUCAAAUCAAAAUGAGAUUUUCCUUAAAUUGGAAGCCGGAAAAAAUGAGUUCAGGUCAAUUGUUUCAAUAAAUUUAAUGAGCUGAAUGGACUUGGUAAAUAUUGAUGUUUGAAGUUAAAAAACUUCGCCAUCAUUUUUCUGUGUCCUAGGUAAAAAGAAAAGAAGAAAUUAAAUCAAAUUGAACUUCAAAAUGGAAGGGCUUUCCGAAAAUUCUUCUUCUUUUUUGGUAAAAAUUCAUUUAAGGCGCCUUGGCCGGAAGAGCUUGAGGACGUGCACGAACUCUUCGACCUCGAAUCGAUCGAGGAAUUCGACGAAGAGGUUAGUUUUUCAAAUCUUCUCUUUUCGUCUUCUGGCUUCUUGAGAUUCUAGUAGGCAUUGGAAGUUCUUCGAGAUUUGAAAACUAGAAACAAAACAAAAAUUAUACUUAAGAAACCCAAAGGUCUAGCCUGACAAAGUAAUGAAGAAAGUAGGAUUUUCUUUGAUAUCAACUUUGAUUCAACUUUUUCAAAAAUGGAAAAGAGUAACGAAAGCCAGAAAAUUCGAUUUCACUACGAAAUUUUCUUGCCACAAUCACAAACCUCUCAUAUCUGGAAAUAGAUGAAUUCGGAAUUUCGAUAGAGUUCUGGAAUAUGAUAUUUGGCGAGAUAUAAGUUUUUAGUGAAUAUUCAUUGAAAAAAACAAUAACCAGUUUAGUUCGAUUAAUGAUGUCUAAAAAAAGUUGUUUAAGACCGGUUCGUCCGACUCAUCGGACUCAUUUUUCCUGAGCCAACGCGCUCGGGAAAGGAUCGCCCUCGCAUGGGCUCGACGCAACCUUCUGAACUCCCCAGAAGAAGAAGAAGAUGAUGAUGUGGCCGAAGCCCCGCGUGCCGAAGACCCCGCAGAACUCGUCGCCGAGGAGGCUAUGGAUGAGGCCGCCGAGCUCCUCCAUCUCCAGGUUUCUAUUCCAAUUCCUUUUCCACUGGUCGUUUGGUUUAAACAUUAAAAAUAUAUUCAAAAAACUUUGUCUUCCACGGGAUUUUCUGUGAAAAUUUCAGGGCCUCAAAAGGCUCGACUUUUUGAAACUAUGAGCUUCAUUAUUUGAUCGAAUUGGUGAUAAGGUUUUUAUGUAGAAUAUUCCAGCUUUUUUUCAUAUUUUUUUGAAUAUUUUUAAUUUGAGUAGACGUAAAAAGAUGAGAUUGGGAAGAGAAGGAAUUUUUACAACGUUUUUUGAAGUUUUAGCAAUUUUUCUCCUUCGAUUAGACUUCAAUCAAUCCAAUUUUUGGUGGAUUCAAGUUUUUCGAAUCUUUGAAAAGCUUAGUUAUUGAAAAAUAUAAGGAGAAUUUGAGACAAAUUGAGUUUCAUCUUGGAGAUCUCAGAUUUUUCUGAAAGGCUGAUGGUGAAAUUAUAGGACGAAGUGGUCCCAGAAGCCGAAGAAAGCGGAAAUGAGGCAAAGGAAGAGGAGAAGGACGGAGAAGAAGUCGAGGAGGACGAGGAGGCCAACGACCAGGCCGGUCCAGCAGCCCAGCCCGUCGCAGCUCCCCAACAAGCUGCGGCUGGUGCUGCCGGCCCUGGUCAAACCCGCCAACAACGCGCCGGCCAGGUAACUAACAAAAUUAGAAAUUAAAAAAAUUAAAAAGCUUACUUUCUCCAUUAAGCAUCCAGAAAUCUCUUGAAGCUGCGAAUUUCCGUUUUACUUAGUUUUUUCAGCCCCUUUUCAAUGAGAUCAGAUUCAAGGCUAAGAAUUUUAAGAGGUUCAGGUUUUGAUAGACAUUAAUCUGUAGAGCGCGUUUUCAAAGCAAAUUUUCGCCGCUUUAUCGACAAGAUCUUACGAAAAGAGUUAUUUUUAUUUAAGAAAAAAACCCAUAAAAUAAUCUGAAAUGUUUUUCGAUGACUGUAGACCUUAAAGUCUCAACCUGCCCACUUACCUUAGACUUUUUGCCUUUUUUCUUUUCUUAGAUAGGAGUUUCGCAAAUUUCGAUAGUUUCUUAUGAGCUGUGCAUUUUUUUUUUUGAGUUUGAGCAGUUGAUAUAAAAGAAAUUUUUUCAGCGACCCAGGUCCGUCGCUCAGAGAGCCUCGAGACGGCUCAGGGGCCUGGGCGUGGGCCAAGCCGUCCGCCGUGUGCCACCGGCCCUCGCUGGUCAUUCCGCGGCCCAACUCCUCGUCAAGAUCAGAGAGGAGUUGGAGGCCAAGGUUGCGGACGGUGGCUACGGCGACGAAGAGUUGCGCCGGGUUGGCCGACUCUCCUCGGCGAUGACCUCGCUUCAAGCAAUUGAAAAAGGACGCGUUGUCACGGACGUCCAGUUCGGAAGGAUCCUCAGGAAAAUUGAGAAAGGAUUCUAA